AUGGAUGCUUGGCAGUACAGCUCCAUCAAAGAGACUCUGGAAACCUCCCUUUCUCUCAACCAAAAAGCAACCCCACCAGACGCAUCCUCCCCCCCCCCCCUAAUCAUCGGGAUUAACCCCGUCAAAUACAAGCUGCCUGAGAUCCCGCCCGGCUCAGACUUUUGCGGCCGAAUCCGGGGACAAAUCGUCUUCGGGGCCCUAAGCAUCGGCACUAAACUCCCGCAAUUUGGUAGUCUCGGCCAACUCCUUACCGCUCCCUCAUCCAAUGAUGCAACACUUCCGAUGGGCGUUAACCCCGACGAAGCAGCAGCGAUUGGAACAGCUGGGCUGACGGCAUUCCAGUCGCUUCCGAAAGAGUUACUGAAACCAGGGUCGAAAGUCUUCAUCAACGGCGGAAGCGGUGGCGUGGGCUCCUUUACUAUUCAAUUCGCAAAGGCCGCCGGGGCCUAUGUAGUGGCAUCUUGUUCCACGGCAAAGGUCGGUCUUUGCAAUCGUCUUGGGGCGGAUGAAGUUAUAGACUACCGGAGACUCAACGUUGUUACAGAGCUCAAAAGGAAGGGGUGCGUCUUCGAUAUCGCUGUAGACAAUAUCGGCAGCCCAAAGGGCCUGUACGAGUCCUGCUCGCAUUUCCUCAAGUCUGAGGGGGUGUUUAUGCAGGUUGGCAUGUCAAAGUCCAUGGUGGGUAUGCUGAGAAGAAGCUUGUUGCCAGGCUUUCUCGGCGGUGGAAAGAGAAGGUUCCAGUCUGUGAGGGUUAAGCCGAGUCGAGAAGACCUGGAACAGAUUGGUAAAUUGAUAUUGGAUGCGAGGGUGCGUGUGUUAAUUGAAGAGAAGUUUGAGUGGCGAGAAGCACCAAAAGCGUAUGCGAAGCUCAGGGAAGGACGGACUACGGGGAAGAUCAUCGUUCAUGUUAGCAAGGCUUGA